UGUUUUUAAAAAUAUUUUCACCGAAAACGUUCAAGCAUUUCAAUAACGCAUCCAAACGAGUAGGACCUUGCUCUUCCUUCUUCAGUAGGAGAACAGUCGCUCACACAGACCCAAAGAAAAGAGGAAGGAGCUUGGGAGAGAGUGAGCCUCUCCCUCGGUCCGUACAAAUGCGCGCCGUUUGUAUCUGCAACAAUCCUAAAACCCUAACAACAACUCUAACCCCCCUAAUCUAAUCCGAUUUAUUAGAUUUUGACAAUUUUGAUUGAUCGAUUCGAAAUUCUUUUUAUUUUUUGAGAAAUCGUGUGCCCACCAAUCGCGAACAAGAAGAAGAAGAUGUCUUCUUCAUCAUCCUCGUCGUCGAGGCGAGUGGUGAAGCGUGCACAAUACAAGGAUGCGGCAAGAUUAAAGAACCCUGGCAUUCCCGGCGUUUUAACUAUGGUUGAGGACAAGUUUGUGUUCAAGCCAAACGAUCCCACGUCUACCCAAACCCUUGAUGUGGAGUUUAGACAUAUUAAAGGUCACAAAAACACCAAGGAGGGAUCCAAGCAAGCACCUUUGCUUAAUCUCAGCAGCAGUCGUGAGGUUAAAAGUUACAUUUUUGAGUUUCAAAGUUUUCCCGAUCUUCAUGAAUGCCGAGAUUUUGUAGGCAAUGCCCUAUCUAAGGCUGCAGAAGCUGCAAAAACUGCUCCUAAGAAAGAUGGAGUUACAUUGCCUGAUGAACAACUCAGUGCAGCAGAAAUGGAGCUCCGUAUGAAGCUACUGCAAGAAGACAGUGAACUGCAGAACCUUCAUAUGCAGUUUGUAAUCAGUGGUGUUUUGACAGAAUCUGAGUUCUGGGCAACUAGGAAGGUUAGAUACCGUAAUGAAGACAGAUUCUUGAUCAUGUUUGGAAAGUUGUGUUUACUUUUUCUUUUCAACGGCAAGCCUAUACAUAGUAAGUUGCUUGAUGGAGAUAGCCGUACAAAGCCAAAACAACGGGUUGGUUUUAAAAAUUCAAUGAUUUUGGACACCAAACCUACAAGUGACGGUCGGAUGAACAAGGUUACGUUUAAUUUCACUCCAGAGAUUAAAUAUCAGAUCUUUGCUCUCAAACCAGCUGUUCACCAGGCAUUUCUUGAACUAGUGCCCAGUAAGAUGACAGCAAAAGACUUCUGGACAAAAUAUUUCAGAGCUGAAUUCCUUCACAGUACCAAGAAUGCUGCUGCAAUUGCGGCAGAAGCUGCUGAGGAUGAGGAACUGGCAAUUUUUUUAAAGGAGGAUGAAAUAUUGGCAAGGGAAGCUCGUCAGAAGAUUCGACGGGUUGAUCCAACUUUGGAUAUGGAAGCUGACCAAGGGGAUGAUUAUACACAUCUUCCUAAUCAGGAUCAUGGGAUCUUUCGUGAUGGUGGCAAGGACAUCACUGAACUACAGAAUGAGCAAUACAGGAGGACUUUAUCACAAGACCUUAACAGGCAAGGGGCUGUUGUUCUUCAAGGAAGAACUGUUGAUGGGGAUUUAGAAGAUCCAAAUAAUGUUGCAGAAGCACUUAUGCGGUCAAGACAGGAGCCUGAUGAGAGUGCUGUGCAGGAGAGACUUGAUAGGAUUGCUCGGAUGAAUGAGAUAGAUGACCUUCGAGAACCUCACGAUCAUCCUGUUGCUCAAUUAUGUAUUAAGGAUCCUCGAGACUACUUUGACACGCAACAAGCUAAUGCACUUAAAGCUUUGGAUGAAUCACGAAUAGGAACUGAACAAAAAAAAUGCAGCAUGACCACUGAGGAAGCAUAUGGCUCCUUGAAGGAGUCUAUAUCUAAAAUUAAGAGCAUUGGAUUGAAAAAUUCCACAGUUGCACCAGAAAUUGCUCUUAUGGUUCUUAAUGGACUGACUCAGAAUAUUUCUAGUACCAAGUAUCAACUCGGAAAGAAUCCUCGGGAGGGUAUUCUGGACAGUUUGCCAAACAAAAUGAAAGAGGAACUGCUGCAUCAUUCGAUGUCCAUUCAAGAAUUACUGAGGCAUUUUUGGUCUACAUAUCCAAUUACCACAGCUUAUCUUUCUACAAAGGUAGGCAAACUGAAGGAUGCCAUGUCACAAAUCUAUCGACAGCUAGAGGAGAUAAAGGAAUCAGACUUCCGGCACCAGGUUUCUCUCCUUGUUCGGCCAAUGCAUCAGGCACUUGAUGCGGCUUUUCAACAUUAUGAAUCGAACUUACAGAAAAGAGCUGCAACUGCAACGAUGCCGAAUGGAAAUGCGUAGGAGAAAGUUCGCCCUUGAUUGGUUCACCCGUGUCCUGCCUUUUAUCUUGUUGCGAUCGUAUGAAACUGUACAUCCAAUCAAUUUUGCUAUGAGCUUGUGCUUGAUUGACGAGGUUUUUUGGCGUAACAUGUACAUUGAUGUUCGACUAUUGGCCAAAAUUGGGUGGAACUAUUCUUGUAUGUACUUGCGGCUUCUGCACAGCAUUAUGUGAUGCUUGUAGACUGUAUUAUGCAUGUUAACCUCAGUUAAAAGCUUUUUCUAAUAAUAUACGUUUCUCUCUA